AGUAAAGCUUUUUCAAAUUGUCAGAAUUUUUAAAAUAAGUUACGAAUGCUUUAGGUUAUCAAAAACGUUGUGUAAAUUGAAAUUUAAAAAAAAAUUGCGAUUCAUUAAGUAAAAAGAUUACGUUCAAAAUUAUUAGAAUUAAUCUUCCAGCAUGGUUCUAAUAAGCACAUUUACCGCACCUAUAGAAGGCUUGAAGCAUCAACAACCUUGUGUUCGGGUAGUUUUCAACGAUAAAGACAUUGGCAAAGGAUUUUUAUACAUAAAUGAACAUGUUUUAGCGUGGCAAAACGAUACCGAUUCACAAAUUGGAUUCAGCAUUGAAUAUCCUCACAUAUCGUUACAUGCUUUAUCACGAGAUCCAGCAUCAUUUCCUCAUCCAUGUAUAUAUAUAAUGUUAGAUGGUCAUGCAGAAUUACCAGGACUAGAAAAUGAAUCCAACGGAGCAGCCGAGCAACGUGAUGAAUCAGAUUCUGAUGAGGAAAAUACUAUUGAAAUAACAGAAAUUCGAUUAAUACCCGAUGAAGUUGAAUCGUUAGAAACAAUUUUCAAUGCAAUUCGUGUUUGCCAAGAAUUAAAUCCUGACCCACAAGACAGUGUUUCAGAAGAAGAAGAGUAUUUUGAUGGAGAAUAUUAUGGUGCAGAAGGUGAUAUGUAUGAUGAUAACAUGGAACCAGAUACUGAUCAAAUGAAUGCAUUAAAUUUGAAUGGAUCUGAUGGACGUGGAGAUGCGCCAGCUUUUGAAGAUGCUGAUUAAAAUGUUAAAAAUUUAAUUUACUUUAAGAUAAAAGUGUGUACUAUUUUAUAAUUUUUUAAAUUUAUUGUUGUAAAAAAUCCUUAAUGUAAUUUAAGAUAUGAAUUCCUAAAUAAUAUUUAUUUGUAUCAAA